UCAUUAGUUAACAUCAGCUAAUGCAUUUACUAACAAUGAGCAAUACAUUCGGUACAGUAAUUACUGAUCUCCGUUAACCUUAGUUAAUAAAAAUACAGCUCUUUGUUAGUUCACAGACAGCUUGAUUUUAAUAAUGAAUUAGUGAAUGCUAAAAUUAAAGUAAGUGUUUUUUUGUUGUUGUUAGUUUGUGCAAGUAUAGUUAACUGGUGUGAACAAAUGGAACCUAAGUGUAAAGUGUUACCAUUAUAGUUGUAUUUCUCGUUUUGCCUUUGUGUCUUGUGAAAUAUGUUUUAAGUUAAUGUUUGUACAUAUUGUUUACGCAGAUGUUUGUGGAUGAAUUUGACCUAUAAUAAAUUCUUUGCUGACGUUUUUAAUAUUUAUUGGCAAAUUUAUAUUUUAGUUGAAAUGUGAGGAAAAUUUAAUAUGUAGCUGUAUUCACUCUGUUCACACUUAUUUUAAACGCUGUAUUAUAAAAUGUGCUUUAAUUUUAUUUAUGUAUUUCAGUAUCUUAAAUGUUAGUGUAUGCACAUUUAGUAAUGUAAUUAAACACAGCUAGAGUAUUAAGAAUAUUGUUCAUGAUCAGUAGAGCGCAAUUAUGACGUGAGGAGUGCAGGUAUAUGAACAUUCUUUAUUAGAAUUCUCUGUUGGGAGUUUUGGCGAUUUGUGCGGUUGGUGUUUUUGUGCGUUUGGCGAGUAUUUACAGUGAAUUUUUCGGAUAUUUUUGCGGUUUUUGACUUGUUUUCGGACUUUGACUAUCGGCUUUGGAUUCGCUUCGUAUUUUGACAAUCGGUUUUUGACUCCCUUCUGUUUUUGACGCUCGAUUUUGACUCUGUUUGGACUCCCGGUUUUGACCCUUUUCUGUUUUUGACCCACGGCUUCGGACUCUCCUGGGAUUGGUUGAUAGCUCUGCUGCUGAAAAAAACCCCGAUCCUUUCAAGGAAAUGGGAGCGAUUGGUGUUUUAUCAGUAUGUGUGGAAACACCAAGAGCCGUGUUCGGUGUGCCCCUCAUCAGCCUGAGGAAGAGAGGACAGAUGAGGCAGGGUCUUCCUCUGGUGCUCACACACAUAGUAGAGUUUGUGGAGAAGCAUGGGCUCAGUAAGAGUGGACUGUUCAGAGUCGGCGGUUCAGUGAAACGCUGGAAGGAACUGAGGAAAGGUUUUGAUGAAGGAGGCUUUCCAGAGUUUGACAGUUGGGAUAUUCUUUCUUCGGCCUCCUUAUUGAAAGUUUUCUUCAGGGAAUUGCCUGGUGGACUUAUUCCAGAGCCACACAGGACACAACUGCUGAAGGUGUUCAGGGAUUCAAAAAAGGAAGAACUAAAUCAGGCUGUGAGGACCGUGCUGAACAGUCUUCCAGAGGAACAUUUUAAUGUCCUCUGCUACCUAAUGUUCUUCCUGUCCCGUGUUGCUGCUGAGAGUCAUCUAAAUCUUAUGACAUCUAAAAACUUGUCAAUAGUUUUUGGACCCAACAUCUUUCACAUUCCUUUCGGCCCCACCAUGGUUGAAGAACAGGGGCAGUGUAACACUUUGAUUGAGCACCUGCUGGACAACCUGAUCCACCUGCUGCCAAACAUGUACCCUCAUGCAUCCACCAGCAACACAGCAGAGGAAAGGGACUGGACUAAUGAAGAGUGUGUCCAACAAAUGCCACUCAAAGAAAUAAGAUUAAUGCUUCCCAAAAUUGGACGACUUGGGCGAUUGAGAAAACGAUUAAGAGGUUUUUGGAGAAAGUUAUGCUCAUGCACUUACAGCAUUGACGUAGAGUGUGGAAUUCACCACAUAGCAUUGACGUAG